AUGGCAGGCGACCUCGUGGUGGGAAUGCUCUAUAACUUACUACUUCCACUGCUGCUGCUGACUGCAUCUUCAUUUCGCUACAAUGGCCUGUCAGUGGUGUACUUUGUGUUUUUGCUUAUCUUGCCGCUGCUGCCGAACCCCAGUCUGGUCACUCUGAAAGGUGGAACAGGUCAGUUCUUGCGGCUGAUCAUUUACAUUAGUCUGAUCUUCCUGAGUCUGCAGUGCUUCAUGCAGAUCCCCUUCGCGUACAUCCCUCCAGAUGUUAGUAGCAUCUGGGAAGACGUCCUCUACCAUUUGGGAAUUGUAAGAUUCAGUUUGGUUGAUCCGGGAAAUGUUGUGCGUCUUUUGGCCCCAGAUCUAGGCCUCUUAUCCUCUACGCUGUUCACACUGAAAAUGUGCAAAAAACUACUACAUCCUCCACCUCAAGUCAACCUCAAUGAAAAUGGAAUCCCUCAAUCAAACACUGAGGUAAAAGAUGUGGAAACCUCUGACACAGAAUCAGAGGAAGAAAGUGACUCAGAUGGCUCAUCUUUUGACAGCUCGGAGCAGACAGUGCCAGUUCAGUCUGGCCCACCACAGUUUGUCCAGAAGCUGAUAAUGUUUGCUGCCGGACUGAGACUGCUGCUGUCAGCAAUCAUGAACACAGCAGGGAAAGUGGUGGUGACUCUACUGCUGGGGCUGGCAGGUAUCAUAGUGCCCUCGCUCACCUCAGGAGUGUAUUUCGGGGUGUUUCUAGGGCUGGUAUGGUGGUGGAUAUUCAGCCGCUCCAUCAGUAUGCUGUUUUUCAGCUCCCUGUCUGUAAUGAUGGCCAUCUUCAGUGGGGGACACCUGCUGGCUCUGUACCUCUAUCAACUGCCCCUGUCCCAGAUACUUGUACCACCUGAUGAUGUCUAUGCCAGGGUGUUCGGUAUGACUGGAGUGAUCCGAACCAGCAUUUCCCACCCACAUUCUCUUGGCCUGCACCCACAUGUCUGCUGGCCCGACUUCAUCAACCCUUUGAUUCUGCUGCUGCUUUACUACACACUGGUGGCUCUGCUACAUAAAUGGGUCCACAUCACAGAGGAGGAUACUGCUGAUGGUGACAAAUCUGAGACUCCAUUAGAAAGCCCAGAGGCUCCUCCAAGUUUCUCCAGGGUCAUCUACAUCACAGGAGAUAAGCAAGAGGUGACAGAGAAACAUGAAUAG